ACACAUCGGCCCACAGAUUAGCCCAUCUUUCAUCAUAAUCACAGCAUUCGAGAUCCACCUCUUUAUUCGCGAAUCACAUUAAUCCCAUGAAUUAAUUUCAUCAUUAAUUCUCCCCCUAUAUAUUUCCCCGAUCCCUUUUUCAUUCAUCUCAUUUCCCACCAGCAAGCACUAGAAACUUCUAGAACACCCUAAUCUUCUACAUCACAGCUCCACCAGUCCACCACCAUCAUCAAUGGCGGAAAUCGAUUCACCUCAAUCCCCAGAAUCCCAAAUCAAACCCUCUACCAUUUCCUUCAGCAUUUGGCCACCAACUCAACGUACUCGUGACGCUGUAAUCAACCGCCUCAUCGAGUCUCUAUCAACACCUUCAAUUCUCUCUAAGCGUUACGGAACGCUCCCACAAGACGAGGCUUCCGAUGCCGCUAGGAGAAUUGAAGAGGAAGCUUUCGUUGCUGCUGGAUCUACCGCCAACGGUAACGAUGACGGAAUUGAGAUACUUGAGGUUUAUUCAAAGGAGAUAAGCAAACGGAUGAUUGAAACGGUUAAGUCCAGAUCUGCUCCUGCUGCUGAGAGUGAGGUUGAGAGCAAAGCGCUCGAGGCGCCGGCUGUUGCCGAGGAGUCAUCUACUGGGGAAGUCGAGUCCGUUGAGACUGAGCCUUGAAGAGGUUCACUGAGGUUAUUUUGUUUAUUGUUGUUUUGUUACAUACCUAGGGUUCGGAUAAUUCAGCUACUUUUAUGUUGUCUGUGGAUUGUUAAGGCGGUACAAUGUAAUGUUAGAUAUUUUGAAAUUGCCUUUAUCUGAAGGUGGUUGAUGGAGAAUGUUUGGAUUUUGGCAUUGCAUUGUUAUAUUUCCUUUUUAAGGCCUGUUGAUGUGCA